AUGUGGAACUUAAUUCAUUCUAAUCCAAUAUGCUUUAAGAAAAAAAUAGCUUAAGUAUGUUUUUGAAUAUCAUAAAAUAGGAUCAAUUAAUGCAUUUAAACAACCUAUAAAAUUCAAAACCUUUGGUUAAUAAUUCAUAGCCUUGGAAACCAGGACAUUCAAUUUCCAGAUUGGUUAAUAAAUAUACCAAUAGUACAUAUUUUUUAAUAAAUAUCAGCUCAUGAGAAAGAAAUUUCAGAGUCUAAUAGCAAGUUAUUAAGAAAAAUGAUGGAAAUUCAAGAAAGGAAUGCUGGUUUUAAAUAACCCCCAACUCAUGGUUCCUUAGAAAAUUUGAGAAAAAAAGAGUAAAAUAAGAUAUGUUCAGAGAACUAAACAAUAUUGAAACGUUUAUAGUCAGCAAGUUCAGCUUAUUCUAAAAAAAAUUGGGUUAGUGAUAUCGAAAAAGUUAAGAAAUAUAGAGAGAAUUUGUAAAGAAAAACAAGUAAGUAAAUCAAUUAGUAGUAGGAACAAAUGAUGAUUUGAAUAUGUUGGCUGCACAAGAAUAGGUCAAAAGGACUCUUCAUAGUCAAUCUUCAUCAAGAAGUAUAGAUAUAUAUAUAUGAGCAAAUUAGAAUUAAAAACUAGUCAAGGUCCUAGAACGACAACUUAUGAAUCAUUGUAUUGAUA